AAUUUUGAUCUUUCUAAAUUAUUAAUUUCUCAUAAAUUUUUAUGUUUUAAAUCUAAAUUUAAAAAUUUUGAGUUAUAAUAUGAUCGUGAGAAAUUAACUUGAAAAUUUUGUUUAAAGAAAAAUCGAGAUUAAAGUAUAAAUAAUGUUGCUUUGUACCAAAUUAAGAAAAUAUAAAAUGGAGUGCAAAUCGAUCCCAAAACGGCUGUCGACUAUCGAGCCAUUCUCGGCAAAACCUCACCCAGAUCCUGUUUCCCGCUCUCCCUUUCUCGUUCGCUUGCCGACCAAACGGCCCCAGUUCUCGGACAGCCUCACAUCAGACAAAGCACAGCCCUCCCCGCCGUUUUCUUUUCCUGAAGAGAGAGCAGUGCUUGUCGGUAGAGGAAUGGGUCAACUUUGUGCAGUCCGAUCAGCAGUGAAGAAAACAGGGGAGCAAUCAAAGGGCUAAAAAGAGGAGAGAAUAAGCAAUCUGAGGGAAGUCCUACGUUUUUUCAAAGUUUUUGUAUAAAUAGAGAGGGAGAAUCGGAGAGAAGGGGGCGGACGGAAAAAAAAAAAAUCAAGCCGAGAAAAAAAAGGAGGAGAUCCCAGAGCCUUGGGUACCGGCGGAAGGAGGAAUUUCUUGAGUGCCCUAUUGCUUGUAAUCUGAUCUUUGAGGUACCGACCCAAUACUUUGUCUCCCUAAUUCGAGAUUCUAUACAUCUUUUAUGUGCGCCUCUUAUUGUGGAGACUUCUGCUUUCUGAAUUAAUUUUGAUCCCCUGUGCUCCCUGAUUAUGUGUUUGUGUAAAUUCCUCCUUACUUGUGAAGUCAUGAUUUUAGAUUUUUGCAUAUGCCUGGUGUUGCUUUCCUUCUCUGGACAUUUUGCCUUCUAAUAGUUUGACAGUUUUCAUAAUUUUCUGAUGCAUCCAUUUCAGAUUAUAUAGCCUUCCGUUGAAACAAAGAGAUUAAUAUCAUGUCCUUCCAUUGUUAACUAAAAUUGUUACUAAAUU